GUUCCGCUUCCGAAUGUUCAGUGCCUGUCAGCGCUCAGCUUCCUGGGACCAUGGCUCAGAAACCGCUGCGCCUCUUGGCUUGUGGAGAUGUUGACGGGAAGUUUGAUGUUUUAUUCAAUAGAGUUCGAGCAAUUCGGAAGAAAAGUGGAAACUUUGAUCUGCUAUUGUGUGUAGGAAACUUCUUCGGGCCCACCCCAAGUGCUGAAUGGGAGGAAUAUAAGACCGGCAUCAGAAAAGCUCCUAUUCACACAUAUGUGCUGGGUGCAAAUGACCAGGAAACAGUAAAAUAUUUUGAAGAUGCCAAUGGGUGUGAAUUAGCAGAGAACAUUACUUAUCUGGGCCGUAAAGGUGUCUUCACUGGAGCCUCGGGGCUGCAGGUGGUAUACCUCAGUGGGACAGAGUCCCUCAGUGAGCCAGUCCCGGGUUACAGCUUCAGUCCCAAGGACGUGUCUUCCCUGAGGACUAUGCUGUGCUCAGGAUCUCAGUUUAAGGGCGUUGACAUCUUGCUUACAUCCCCAUGGCCCAAGUAUGUGGGGCACUUUGGGAAUUCUUCUGGAGAAGUGGAUACUAAGACAUGCGGCUCUGCUCUGGUUUCCAGUCUUGCCACUGACUUGAAACCAAGAUAUCAUUUUGCCGCUUUGGAAAAGACGUAUUAUGAGAGGCUUCCAUACCGAAACCACAUUGUACUACAGGAAAAUGCACAACAUGCCACCCGGUUCAUUGCGCUGGCAAAUGUUGGAAACCCAGACAAGAAAAAGUACCUUUACGCGUUCAGUAUUACUCCCAUGAAGCUGAUGGGAGCAGCGGACCUGGUGAAGCAGCCUCCAGAUGUCACGGAAAACCCGUACAGAAAGUCUGGGAAGGAUUCAGCCGGGGGAAAGCAGAUUCCUGCCCCCGAGGAAGAAUCCCCCUGCCAGUUCUUCUUUGACUUGAAUGAAAAGCAGGGAAGAAAGCGCUCCUCUACAGGCAGAGAGAUCAAGUCGUCCCCACACACAAAGCAGCCUCGCAAACCUCCUCAGCCUCCAGGACCCUGCUGGUUUUGUCUGGCCAGCCCCGAAGUAGAAAAGCAUUUGGUGGUCAACGUGGGUACACAUUGCUACCUGGCUCUGGCCAAAGGAGGCCUGUGUGAUGACCAUGUCCUAAUCCUGCCCAUUGGCCACUACCAGUCAGUGGUGGAGCUUUCGACAGAGGUGGUAGAAGAAGUGGAGAAAUAUAAGGCUACUCUGAGGCGCUUCUUCAGGAGUCGGGGGAAACGGUGUGUUUUAUUUGAGAGAAAUUACAAGAGCCAUCACCUCCAGCUGCAGGUCAUUCCUGUGCCACUGAGCUGCUGUGCUACUGAUGACAUUAAAGAUGCCUUCAUUUCCCAGGCUCAGGAGCAACAGAUAGAGCUGUUAGAAAUUCCGGAGCAUUCCGACAUCAAGCAGAUUGCACAGCCAGGAGCAGCUUACUUUUAUGUUGAACUUGAUACAGGAGCGAAGCUCUUCCACAGAAUUAAAAGGCAUUUUCCUUUGCAGUUUGGAAGAUCCAAGUUCUUAAGAGGAGAGACAGAGGAAUUCCAAGUCAGAGUGGGCAUGACACUAAGUACCUGAGUGUAGCAGGCCCUCAGCAAACUCAAGAUGUAUUCGGGAUGUCAAAACUAGAGUUUCAGGCAGACUGUCGUCACAGCUACUAUGCACUCUGUUAACUACACUUCUCACAAAGUCUUGUAAGGUAGGUCAUAUCCUUCUGUGUGCUGAGUUCCACAGCCUUGAAUUCAGUGGCUUCAUUGAACUGCAGAUUUGAAAUACUCUGGCGAAGAAAAAGCACAUAACUGGUCAAAGCAGUUCCUCAAAGGCCAAGAGCAUUUACACUGUAAUUGGGAUUAUAAGCAAUCUAACUGAAAACACAUGGCCAUUGAGUUGAUUCCAACUCAUAGUGAUUUUAUAGAUUUUAUCUUGCUAGUGGAUAUGAACCUACUAUGCCACUUGCUAGUGGAUUACCCACUAUGCCACUGGGGCUCCUGGAUAAGUAAUCUGGAGAUUAUUUAAAGUAUACAGGAGGGUCUGCAUAGGUUAUAUAUAAAUGUGGUGGCAUUCUAUGUAAGGGACUUGAGCACUGGAGGAUUUUGAUGACCAACAGGCUCCUGGAACCAGUCCCCCUCAGAUCCAAGGGAUCACUGUAUUCUCAUUUCAUAGACCAAGAAAUCAAGACUCAUCGAUGAAGUAAUUUGUUCAAGUCAGAGAGAAGGCUGAGCCAGGAGUGGAUUCCAUCUCUGAUCUUUCUGACUCUAAGGCUUACCCUCUCUCUACUCUGCCAUGUUGUUUCUCUUAAGUGCCAAUGGCAUCAUUUCAAGUUAUGUAUAUAUUGAUGUAUAAGCCGAGUUUUUCAGCACAUUUUUCAUGAAGUUUUUGUGGUAAACUUAGGUGCCUCGGAUGAUAUUCGGGUCAGCUUACACUCUAGUAUAUACGGUAUUUACGAUGAAGAGAAGCUAACCAACAGGAUUUGAGGCAUUAGGAGAGAGAGAAGCUGAGCUGGUCAUGUAAAAUGAGUGGUUUGAGGGUCAGGAUGAUGGCAGCAGUGGCACUUGGGAGGAGAAGAGUAUAAGCAAAGUCUGGGAUGCACGAAUGUUCUUUGGAUGAUGACAAGGUUAGCCUCUGUUUGGAGAGGAACAGAAGGAGGAGGGGGUUGGGGGUGUCC